AUGUCUCCUGCGUCUUUGACUCCACUCCGCCGGCUGGACGGCUCCCACGCCGAUGCAUCCCUCGACGAUACAUUUGGCGCUGUACUACUCGGGACGUUCUUCGCGCUAAUGCUUUACGGUGUGACUUUGCAGCAGGCUUACCGCUAUCAUGUCUUGUACCCGUCGGAUAGGCUCUUGCUCAAGUUCGCUGUGGGUACACUGGAUUCGGUACCGCGCGACUGCCUUAACUUGAUACUCUACCUUGUCAUGCUCCUCCAGGUGUACGCGACGGUCAUCCUCGAGACGGUGCAUAUGGCCUUCAGUUGCCAUACUAGCUAUUACUAUCUUGUGAUUGGCUUUGCCGACCCUUCGAUACUUCAGCAUCCCGUACACUUUUUCGCCCAUCGGGCCUACGUUUUCGGCAAACGUUUCAGAGUGUGGGUUUCUCUUGCGAUACUGUUCUUGAUGGGAGAAUUCGGUGCGCGCUUUUUCCUAGGUGUUCACGUCUGGAUCGAUGACACCCAUGCUCACCUACCCGUAUCGGCAGGCUUCUGCGUCGUGUCUACUAUAGUAGAGAUCUCCCUCUCGGAUCGAGGUUUUUCGGCAUUCGUCCGGUAUACGUGGAUCAUUGCGACCGCCUCGGCCAUGGCGGUCUGCGCGGACGGAAUAUUGACUACCGUACUCAUCAUGGCGCUACUCCAGGGCCGAAGUAGUCUUAAACGUACGAACUCGACAUUGGAUGUUUUAGUGCUAUACACCAUCACCACAGGCGAGUUCGUUGAGGUCCGCUUCCCUUCUUAUCUUACCUUUCCUCUAGGUCUUCUGACAAGUGUAUCGAUGUUACUACUCUUCGUUUUUGUUGUUCUGCGCCCAGCAGACCUCAUCUACACCGGAGUCUCAUUGGUCAGCACGAAAUUAUAUGCGAACAUGCUUCUCGCUGCACUGAACUCGAGGCAGUCGCUGAGGGACCAGGUCAAUCUCAAUAUUGGUGGAACGGAAAUCUUCGGUACGCACGUGCAGCAGUCUCGCACGCCAUUCGACCAAUCAGUCGCAAUCGAGCUGCCUGAUAUAUCAGACCAGCCUGGAGACGACGAUGGUUUCCGGCUUUCUACAGUCGAAAUCGAGGACCACGGAAGCAACUUUUCGUGUAAAGACGCGGUGGAUGUCGAGGCGAGAUACUCUCCGAAGCCCGAACCUGGGUCUCCAUGCCACUCAGCAUAG